AUGGCUGCACUCCGGGUGGCGAACGGAGCCCUGGCGACGCUGCUGCGAAAAGCGCAGUGGUGCCAGGCGAUCGACUUGCUUCGCCAGAUGCCGAUGGAGAAGGUGGAGCCUUCGGUUGUUUCCUUCAACACCACCGUGGCUGCCUGCGCACGGGGCACCGCAUGGAGCCGCUCGAUCGAGCUCCUUUCGGUGAUGCACAAGAAGCAGGUCCAGCCCAACAUCAAGACGUUCGGGGCUUGCAUAAGUGCCUCGGAACGUGCAAGCCACUGGACGCUGACGGUGGAACUUCUGAGGCAGCUCGCUGCAGCUGCCUUGGCUCCGGACGGCCCCGUCGCCACCAGCGCCGUGAGUGCAUUCGGCAAGUCGCGGAGGUGGCAAGAGGCGCUGUUCAUCUUCAGCCAAUUCAGUCAUGUGAAAGGCCGUGGUGCCCCGAAUCUCUUCGUCUACACCGCGGCAGUCGCCGCUGUGGCUGGCACCUCCAGGUGGCAGUGGGCCCUUGAGCUUUACACUGAAGCUUGCGGCAAGGGGCUCCGACCAGACGCGGCGCUGGCGGGAGCCGCGAUGUCCGCUUUGGAGGGCCGCUGGCAGGCUGCUGCUGCCUUCCUCUCGGACCUGCGGCGAAGCAAUGUCCGCCCCGGGACGCCUUUGGUCACAGCUGCGCUCGGGGCGUUCGGCUCCGCCUGGCUGCGAGGCCUGGAGCUCUUCGCCGAGCUGCGGCCGGGCCUGAGGCCAGACACACCUCUGCUGAACGCGGCGAUCGGUCUCUGUGCCGCUGGCCAGGCGUGGAAGCUCGCGCUGUCUCUGCUCCAGGGGAUGCUCCGUUCUGGACCAAGGCCAACUGUCGAGUCCUUCAAUGCUGCAGCCAGCGCCUGCGCUGCUGCCGCCCGCUGGGAGGCCUGUUCACACAGCUCCGCUGGGAGGUGGCGUCGGCCCUUGUCGCGGCUAUGA